CCUUUUAUUUUUUAUUUUUGGCCUUGUAGACCAAAUCAAAUCUUGUAAAACCUCUCCGAGACAAACCCAAAUAUUCUACAGCCGGCGAUGGCCCUUCGUCGCUGCAUUUUCACGCCCAUGCGUUCUCCCAGCUCUCAUCUCGCCUGGCACAGCACUCUUUCCUCCUCCGCCGCCAAAUCUCCUCCUCUGCUCUACGACCACUCCAGCACCUCCGCCUUCCCGACCACCGACACACAAGAAUCGACCACUCUUCAGCUGUUCUCGUGGGGCCGCGGCGCCUCCGGCCAGCUCGGCGGAGGAAUCGAGGAACUCCGAAUGUACCCGUCGCCCGUCGCCACCCUCUCCGUCCCGCCCAAUUUCUCUCUCUGCCGCGCUACUCCCGGUCGUCUCUCCCAAUUUCCGGUAUCCAAUGAGCCCAAAAUGGAGGUGGGCAUCUCUUGUGGGCUUUUCCAUUCUGGUUUGGUGGUGGACGGGAAUCUGUGGAUUUGGGGCAAAGGCGACGGAGGCCGGCUAGGGUUCGGGCAUGAAAACCCAGUUUUUGUGCCCACUCUUAAUCCUAAUAUAGAAUCAGAUGUUGGAAGCAUUGCCCUUGGCGGGCUCCAUUCCGUUGUGCUCGAUGUUGAUGGCCGUGUUUUCACUUGGGGUUACGGUGGUUUUGGUGCCCUUGGGCAUUCUGUUUAUCACCGUGAGCUGCUUCCUAAAUUGGUCAAAGGAUCUUGGGAGGGACAAAUAUGUCAUAUUGCUACCAGCGGUACACAUACAGCUGCUAUCACUAAAUCUGGCCAACUUUAUAUUUGGGGACGAGAUGAAGGGGAUGGUAGAUUAGGCCUUGGCCCUGGUCGUGGUCCUGACUUUGCUGGCGGCAAUAGCACACCUUCUCAGGUAAAAGCAUUGCCUGAGCCGAUUGCUGCUGUUUCAUGCGGCGGCUUUUUCACGAUGGCACUUACCGAAGAAGGGCAACUUUGGAAUUGGGGUGCCAACUCUAACUAUGAGCUCGGUAGAGGUGACAAAAUUGGUGGGUGGAAACCCCAACCCAUUCCUAGUCUUAAAGGCAUUCGCCUGAUUCAGAUUGCUAGUGGUGGAUAUCAUUCUCUUGCCCUCACAGACAAAGGCGAGGUUCUUUCAUGGGGUCACGGUGGACAUGGUCAAUUAGGUCAUUCUUCACUUCACAGUCGAAAAGUGCCUGAACCUGUUGAAGCCUUAUCUAAUGAGAGGGUCACUUUUAUUGCUUGUGGAGGUUCAUCGUCAGCUGCUAUAACUGAUAAGGGGAAGUUGUACAUGUGGGGUUAUGCAGCUGAUAGUCAGCUAGGAGUCCCUGGGCUUCCUGAGAUUCAGUCAACUCCAGUCGAGGUCAAGUUUCUUAACGAGGAUGAUGGGCUCGGGGACCAUAUUGUAAUUUCUGUUGCUGUGGGGGCUUCGCAUGCAUUGUGCCUCGUUUCACGAUCUGGCCGCUAAGCAAGCAAAACGAAUGCAUGUUCUACUCCAAGAUUUUGGUUUUAAGCUGCGUAACGAAUGGCUAAAAAUAUUUAUAGGUCACUCAUGUGUUCGUUAUUCAUUUGCAAUAACUGUUUCUGUUAUUUUCCUUUUUUUUUCCACCUCCUUGAAACAAACUGUACAACCUUAACUUAAAUAAAAAAA